AUGGAAUCCCAAUACUACCGAGUCAAAGGGUUUUUGCUGAACAAGUCGCCUAUCGCACCACCCCCCUCGCCUGCUCUUCCUCCAAGCGCCCAACCUCAUGCUCCGUCUACACACGUUCGUCUACCAGAUGUGAAGCUCCCUGUUUUCAACGGAAGUUUGGAGCACUGGCUAAACUUCCAUGACCUCUACAUAUCGCUAGUCCACUCUUCGCAAGACCUGUCCAGUAUCCAAAAAUUCUAUUAUCUCCGGUCGUCACUUUCCGGAGAGGCUCUGAAACUGAUUCAGACCAUACCAAUUACCGCUACAAACUAUCCCGUUGCGUGGAAUCUGCUGGUUGAACAUUUUCAGAACACUGGUCGUCUGAAAGCUUCCUAUGUCGAUGCGCUUUUCGAGUUCCCCACCCUCAAACGAGAAUCGUCUGUAGAAUUACACUCUCUCGUAGAAAAGUUUGAGGCCAACGUCCGAAUUCUUCAGCAACUGGGGGAGGAAACCAACGCUUGGGACAUUCUACUAGUCCGUAUGCUAAGCAGUCGCCUCGAUCCCACUACAAGGAGGGACUGGGAGGAGCAUUCGUCCACCUUACGUGCCGUUACCUUCAAGGAGCUCACCACUUUCAUUCAACGGAGGGUCAACGUACUACAGAGUAUCAGUCAUAAGGCUCCUGACACCUCUGGACCCACCUCUGUUAAGAAGCUGUCUAACCCACGUCCAUUCGCCAGCCACGGGGCUUCUCCGGUCAACGGCAGAAAAUGCAUCCUCUGUCCUGAGCAGCAUCCGCUGUACAUGUGUCCUACGUUUUCCAAAAUGCACGUCGAAGAUAAGGAGAAAGAGAUACGCCGUCACCAACUCUGCAGGAAUUGCCUUCGCAAGGGACACAUGAGUAGAGACUGUUCGUCAAACAACACCUGUCGGCGAUGUAAGGGUCGUCAUCAUACUCAACUGUGCAGCAACGAUUCGUCAUCCACGCAGAAGACACCUGAAGUCGCAUCGAAACAACCACCAUCGCAAUCUACGAGCGAGCAACCUACCACCUCCGCGUCUGCAACACACAUGCAACCGAAAAGCUACGCUUCAGCUGGCCGAAACCGUGCAACCGUACUGUUAGCUACUGCGGUCGUGCACAUAAUCGACGACACCGGCACUUCGCACAUCGCUAGAGCGCUCCUCGACUCGGGAAGCGAAUGUUGUUUUGCAACCGAAACAUUUUCUCAACUCUUGAAGGUGCAUCGCAAAAGGGUCUCUAUUCCAAUCGCCGGCAUCGGGCAUUCUACUACGCAAGCCAAACACAAAUUCACCUCUACGAUUCGUUCGCGAAUCAGCGACUAUUCUGCCACCGCCGAAUUUCUCGUGCUCCCAAAAGUCACGGUCAGCUUACCGUCAACGUCGUUGGACAUCUCGACUUGGGAAAUUCCUUCAGGGGUGCAGUUGGCAGACCCAUCGUUCUGCACCACCAGCACCAUUGAUCUUGUUCUUGGUGCCGAAAUCUUUUUUGAUCUCUUUAAAGUCCCUGGCAGAAUUCCCCUUGGUGAAGAUUUGCCGAUGCUCAUCAACUCUGUCCUUGGCUGGGUGGUCUCCGGUCGUUCUAACCAUUGCCAACCGUCCACUACCAUCACCGCCAACGUCGCAGCUGUCGGUGACCUGCACCAGCUAAUGGAACGAUUUUGGACCAUCGAAGAAGGCGAAGCAUCCCCCUGCCACUCGGUAGAAGAAGCAGCUUGUGAAACACACUUCCGUCAAACCGUUACUCGCACUCAAGAAGGCCGAUACGUCGUUCGUCUCCCACUGAAAGAUGACGUCAUCAAGAACCUUGGCAACAACCGUUGCACCGCUGUUCGCCGUUUCCAACUGGUUGAGUCACGCCUGCAGCGAAACCUUCAUCUGGGCACCCAGUACAGCAGCUUUAUGAAGGAGUACUACGACCUGGGCCAUAUGCAACGAGUAGCUCACACCGAAGAAUCAACCACCCAAACAUAUCACCUCCCCCACCAUGCUGUGAUACGCGAGGAUAGUGCGACGACGAAGGUGCGCGUCGUCUUCGACGCGUCAUGCAAGACGAGCAGUGGAAACUCCCUCAACGAUGCGAUGCUAGUUGGACCGAUCGUACAAGACGACCUUCGAUCCAUCGUUCUACGUUCUCGGAUUCAUCCCGUGAUGCUAAUUGCGGACAUUAAGCAGAUGUACCGCCAAAUAUUGGUCGACGAACGAGACACGCCGCUGCAGCGUAUUGUGUGGAGAGAGUCCCCCGACAACGCCCUCGACACCUACGAGCUCAAGACUGUUACAUACGGAACCGCUAGUGCCCCAUUUCUAGCAACGCGAGUCUUACAACAGCUAGCAGACGAUGAACAACACGAGUUCCCGGAGGCAGCUGCAGUCCUACGUAAGGAUUUUUAUGUGGACGACCUUUUCUCCGGUGGCAGCAGCAUACCCGAGACGAUCAACCUCCGAAGGCAAUUGCACUCAUUGCUGGAACGUGGGGGCUUCGAAUUACGAAAGUGGGCAUCGAAUGAGCCCGCAGUUCUGGAAGAUAUCCCGGAGGAAAACAAGGCUCUGCAGCAGACUGUCGAUUUGGAUCGAGACCAGCUCAUCAAAACCCUCGGACUUCAUUGGGAACCAAACGCCGACAUAUUGAGGUACAACGUGAAACUACCUCAAGCAGAUCCGACCGCAACGCUCACCAAACGCCUGGCCCUCUCCUACAUCGCUCAGCUUUUUGACCCACUGGGAUUGGUGGGCCCCGUUGUAACAACCGCCAAGCUGUUUAUGCAGGCAUUGUGGACUCUCAAAAGCAGCAACGGCAGUAUUUGGGGUUGGGACGAAGAGCUUCCUGUAGCAGCACGGGACCGUUGGCAAUCCUACCACGAGCAGCUUCCGCUGCUAAAUCACAUCAAAAUCGACCGCUUUGUCCUAUGCUCUGAUGCGACGACACUGCAGCUGCACUUCUUUUCGGAUGCAUCGGAGAGUGCAUAUGGUGCAUGUGUCUAUUUGCAAUCCGAAAAUUCGUCUGGGCAAGUUAAGGUUGCGUUGCUGACCUCAAAAUCAAAGGUUGCGCCUUUGAAACGGCAAAGCAUUCCACGUUUGGAACUUUGCGGUGCCCUUCUCGCAGCGCAAUUAUUCGAAAAGGUGACCUCCUCUCUGUCUAUGCGCCCCGAAACCUACUUCUGGGUCGACUCGACAACUGUCCUCAGUUGGCUAAAUUGUACACCGUCUACUUGGACAACCUUCGUGGCGAACAGGGUUUCCAAAAUACAGCUGUCCACAACCAAUUGCAAUUGGAAGCACGUAGCUGGUGAGCAAAACCCCGCUGAUUGUCUCUCUCGAGGAACCUCAGCCGAGCUUCUUCUCUCUAAUGACCUGUGGUGGCACGGUCCAAGGUGGCUACAACGAGACCAAGCGGACUGGCCCAGUGGUCAUCUAACUGCAGUGAAUCCUCAAAGCGAAUGCGAAAUCAGGAAGACACCAGCAACCAUCAUCUCUGCAACAGUUGAAGAAUCUUUCAUCGAUCUCUACGUCAGCAGAUUCUCCAACUACCAGCGCAUGCUUAGGGUGACCGCAUACUGCAGACGUUUUCUGCAAAACUGUGGGCGAAGCAAUCAACCUCGAACAGCAUCUCCCAUCAUCAGCGCAGAGGAAAAACAAGAAGCUGAAAAGACUCUGAUUAGAUUGGUGCAACAACAAUCCUAUCCUAACGAGUGGAAAUGCCUCCAAAACCAGCAACUCGUUUCGACCAAGUCCCGGCUAAAAUGGUUCCACCCUAUUCUCGAUUCGGAAAAUCUGAUUCGCAUUGGAGGCCGCCUGCACCGAUCCCAGCAAUCCUACGACACUAAACACCAAAUCAUUCUUCCAUCGACUUCCCCAAUCUCCGCUCUACUGGUUCGGAGCAUUCACGAGGAAAAUCUACACGCUGCCCCCCAACUGCUGAUUGGUCUUCUCCGCCUCCGGUACUGGAUUACAGGGGCCAGGGACCUGGCCAAGAAAAUCUUCCACACAUGCACCAUCUGCUUCAGAGCACGUCCGAAACGCAUCGAGCAGUUCAUGGCGGAAUUACCAUCAGCCCGAAUUACUGCAUCACGACCUUUUUCCUCGACUGGAAUCGACUAUUGGGGACCGAUCUUCGUACAGCCAACACAACGCAAAGCAUCACCACGGAAGGCCUUCGUUGCAGUUUUCGUGUGCUUCUGCACAAAGGCCGUCCACCUUGAAUUGGUUGCCGAUCUGUCUACAGCCAAAUUCCUCCAAGCUCUGCGUCGAUUUGCCUCCCGGCGAGGACUGUGCUCGGAUAUCUACAGCGAUAAUGGGCGAAACUUCGUCGGAGCUGCCAAUGAGUUACGCCAACUUCUUCAGAACAAGGAACAUCACGAGCAAAUCGCCCAGGAAUGCGCACACAACAACAUCAGAUGGCACUUCAAUCCUCCUAAGGCGUCCCACUUCGGUGGCCUCUGGGAGGCCGCAAUUAAUUCGGCACAGAAGCACUUUAUCCGGGCUCUGGGGACACAAACACUCCCGUACGACGACAUGGAGACGUUGCUGUCCCAGAUCGAAUGCUGCCUGAACUCGAGGCCCCUUGUGUCCAUCAGCGAUGACCCGUCGGACCUGGAACCUCUAACGCCUGGCCACUUCCUGGUCAGAUCAGCCCUCAAAGCAGUUCCUGACGCUGACGUCACUUCGAUUCCCUUUAAUCGGCUGAAGAAAUGGCAGCAAACGCAGAAACUCUACCAACAAAUAUGGGAGCGAUGGCAUCGGGACUAUCUCGUCACACUCCAACCACGAUCGAAAUGGUGUAAUCCUCCUGUUCUCCUCGAAAGGAAUCAGCUCGUCGUUCUGUUGGAUGAAAACCUUCCUCCUAUGCGCUGGCCGAUGGCCAGAAUACACGACGUGCAUCCCGGUCCAGACGGUGUCGUUCGUGUUGUCACCGUCAAAACAUCCACCGGCUUGUACACGCGGCCGGUAACGAAAAUAUGCCUGCUGCCAAUCUCUCCAACAACGCCUCCAUCCGAUGAAUCACCACAAGCACCAAACAACAGCAUCCAAAUCGAAGAAAUCCAACCAGCCUGCAACUGA